AUGUCUGUGUUCAAGGUGUGGGAAGCGGUGGAAAUAGAGAAUUUCAGACUCAAUCUCCUCCAAAAGAUAGUCUCUGACUAUGAGAAGUUGAAGGUACAUGAGCCAAAUUACCCCACUCAUGAUUUGGAGUUGGCUGCGGUUGUGUUUGCCUUGAAGAUUUGGAGGCAUUACUUGUAUGGGGAGAAGUUCGAACUCUUUUCGGAUCAUAAGAGUUUGAAGUAUCUGUUCUCUCAGAAGGAGUUGAACAUGAGACAGAGAAGGUGGAUGGAGCUCAUAAAGGACUAUGAUUUCACCUUGGAGUAUCAUCCAAGAAAGGUCAAUGUGGUGGCGGAUGCUUUGAGUAGGAAGCCCAGAGGUAUUGUUGCUUCUGUUAUGGUUCAGGAGUGGCAUAUGUUGGAGACUGCAUCUGAGUUUGACCUUGUACAAGCAAGAGUUGAGAAUGGGAGUUUCCUUGGAAGUAUCACGGUACAGCCUACCCUGAUUUCCAGGAUCAUUCAGGGUCAAACAGAGGAUGAGUUCUCACGUGCGAGGUUGGCAGAGUUAGCUGCGGAUUCGUCCAUUGGCGUUCCAUCGGAGUGGUCGGUGGGAACGGAUGGUGGUUUGCGGAUGAACCAUAGGUUGUAUGUUCUGGAUCGUGUUGACCUCAAGGGAGAGAUUCGUCGUGAGGGACAUCGAUCGCGGUAUACUGUGCACCCUGGAAUCACUAAGAUGUAUCGGGAUUUGUAA